AUGGAUUUACCAGCACUCCCGCAGAGGACAUAUACAUUAGGGGAAGAGCCCCCUGCACAUAGGAGCAUUUCGUAUCACACUGAUGACAUAAAUUUAUUUAAUGCUCUAAGGCGAGCUCUAAACGAUGACGAAUAUGAGGAGCUGAAGGAGUCGAAGUUGGGACUUAACAUCAAGAAGAAAUAUGAGCUCUGGAGUCUUGUUGGUCCACAACCGGUGAGGUUUUCACUGUUCGAGUUUGAACACCUCACUGGUCUGAACUGCGAUUACAUCGAGGACCUGGAAAAUCCAAGGGUUGAGGUUACGAAGGAGAUGGCUGCUGUCUGGGAGAUGAUGGGUGUUGAUGUCGAUGUUGGGCCAACUACUGAACAUACAAAAGCAGCAUUUGGGAGAUGCGAGGAGUGGUCUCGGGAAGAUCGCAUGCGGCUCGGAUACCUUGCCAUCUUCACUGGAUUCAUUGAAGGGAGAAAGUACCCAACCGCUACACGGGCUAGUCUUGCAAGGCUAGUGAUGGUGUGGGCGUACUUUGCUCUGCCAGAAUUUGGUGCUAAUUAUGGGCAUCCCCUACCAAACAGACCGUCUCCGCUGAUGCUGGCUUACAAUGGUGGCAAAGGAUGCAGAUUUUUUAAAGAGGCCAGUAGCAGACAUACUAGCAUGAUCAACUUCGUCCAGAAGGACUUUGUUGAGAUGUUUCCACGAUGGGACUUUGAUAGUGAAGAAGGAAGAGAGUGCAGCGGAGACAGAGAGUGGUGUGAAGGAGGAAAGUGCAGUACCUUGAAGAAAUCUCGUAAAGCGGCUUCUGUUGAGGCUAGUAAAGUGCCUUAUACUGAGGCACAUGCAGAGGCUCGUUCAGAGGCUUCUACGUCUGUUGGUGGGAUGACCAAAGAGCAAAUUAAAAAAAGCUUCAAGGACAUAGCUGAUGUCAUGAGGGAUGAGUUUGGGAUGUGCCUUAGGGAGAUCAAGUUGUUGGGGGAUAUGAUAUAA